AAUGUAAAGUUUUUCCAGUGAAACAAAACGUAAGAAUCUGAGUUUGUUUUUCAAACAUCACUAAAUUUUAGUUAUGAUUAUAUCACAUUUUCCAAAAUGUGUGGCAGUUUUUGCCCUCCUUGCCCUGAGUGUUGGUGCACUGGACACUUUUAUUGCUGCAGUAUAUGAGCAUGCGGUGAUACUACCAAACAGAACAGAAACACCUGUUUCAAAAGAAGAAGCUUUGCUCCUGAUGAACAAGAACAUAGAUGUUUUGGAGAAAGCAGUUAAGCUGGCAGCGAAGCAGGGUGCACAUAUCAUUGUGACCCCAGAAGAUGGAAUCUAUGGUUGGGUCUUCACCAGGGAGAGCAUUUACCCCUAUCUAGAGGAUAUACCAGACCCUGGAGUGAACUGGAUUCCAUGUAGAGACCCCUGGAGAAAUCACUAAAAUAUAGUAAGUUUGAGGAAAUGUCUAUUGAAUUAGAUUCGGCAACACACCAGUGCAACAAAGACUCAGCUGCCUGGCCAAGGACAACUCUAUCUAUGUCGUGGCUAAUAUUGGGGACAAGAAGCCAUGCAAUGCCAGUGACUGUCAGUGUCCCCCUGAUGGCCGUUACCAAUACAACACUGAUGUGGUGUUUGAUUCUCAGGGAAAACUGGUGGCACGCUACCAUAAGUACAAUCUUUUUGCACCUGAAAUUCAGUUUGAUUUCCCCAAGGAUUCAGAACUUGUGACUUUUGACACUCCCUUUGGGAAGUUUGGCAUUUUUACUUGCUUUGACAUUUUUUCUCAUGACCCAGCUGUGGUGGUGGUGGAUGAGUUUCAAGUUGACAGCAUUCUCUACCCCACAGCAUGGUACAACACGCUGCCCCUCCUCUCGGCUGUUCCCUUCCAUUCAGCAUGGGCCAAGGCCAUGGGAGUCAAUCUACUUGCUGCAAAUACCCACAACACCAGCAUGCACAUGACAGGGAGUGGAAUCUACGCCCCAGAAGCAGUCAAGGUGUAUCACUAUGACAUGGAAACAGAGAGUGGUCAGCUGUUGCUAUCAGAACUGAAGUCUCGGCCCCGCCGUGAGCCCACCUACCCUGCAGCUGUUGACUGGCAUGCGUAUGCCAGCAGUGUCAAGCCAUUUUCCUCUGAACAGUCAGAUUUUCUGGGGAUGAUUUAUUUUGAUGAGUUUACCUUCACCGAGCUUGAGAGAAAUACAGGAAAUUACACAGUUUGCCAGAAAGAUCUGUGUUGUCAUUUAACUUACAAGAUGUCUGAGAAGCGAACAGAUGAGGUCUAUGCCCUAGGUGCUUUUGAUGGACUGCACACAGUAGAAGGCCAAUAUUACUUACAGAUAUGCACAUUACUGAAGUGUCAAAGCACUGACCUGGAAACAUGUGGAGAACCUGUGGGGUCAGCUUUUACCAAGUUUGAAGACUUCUCCCUCAGUGGCACAUUCGGAACACGUUAUGUUUUCCCACAGAUCAUUCUAAGUGGGAGUCAGCUUGCCCCUGAAAGACAUUAUGAGAUUUCAAGAGAUGGAUGCUUGAGGAGCCGAAGUGGAGCCCCUUUGCCUGUCUUAGUUAUGGCCCUGUAUGGAAGAGUGUUUGAGAAGGACCCUCCACGCUUAGGGCAGGGAUCUGGGAAAUUCCAGUGAUAUCCUUUAGCAAGGCCGUUUUAGGAUUAACCUGGCUAAGAGAGGAAGAAAGAAAAGAGAUCCGUUAGUGUCUGUUUAGAAGAGAUGUCAUAAACUUACGGAAACAAAUAUAAUAAACUUAAGCAGAUUUGAAAAGCAA